GCUACUUUCCUACUUUCCUCCAUUUCUUUAUCAUUAUUAUUAAUUAUUCACACACUAUAAUAAUAACAACAUAACAUCCCUCCUUCCCUCUUCAAUUUUUGACUAAUUUAAUAAUAUUUCCGCUUAAAUUAAAUUUAAAAAUUAAUAUCUGAGGGGUGAUUGGAAAUGAUUCUGCUGGUUCCCUGAACCCUGAUGAAUCCAUACAUCUCUCUUUGCAUUUUAACGGCUUGAUCUCUCCCUCGUUUUCCACCCCAAACACACACGCAUUUUCAUGCUCUCUCUCUCUCUCUCUCUAAAAGAAUGCAGAGCUGACUGAAACACUGAACAGUACGAAACUCAUCAACACAAAAACAAACACCACUCCUUCUUCUUUCUUUGUCUCAAUGGUGGAAUGACCAUCAUGACCCUGCUUCUGCCGUGACGAACAUGGGAUGCGGAGGCUCCAAGGUGGACCACCUCCCACUCGUCACUCUCUGCAGAGAACGACGGGACUUCCUCAGAGCCGCUUCCGACCACCGCUACGCCCUCGCCGCUGCUCACGUCGCCUAUUUCCACUCCCUCAGAGACAUCGGCGAAGCGCUACGUAAAUUCGCCGACCACGACCUCGUCUUCGCCACCGCCUCCGCCUCCGUCACCGGCUCCUCCCCCUCCCCUCUCAGCUCCCCCGUCCUCACAUUACCCUCCGACCAAGGAAAACCCUCUAAAAACACAAAAACCAAAACCAAAAACAAAAUCAGGGCCUCAACUUCUUCAACUUCCAUUUCGCAUGGCGGCGAUGCUUCCGGGAGCGACGAGAUCGACGGUGGGUCACACAUACACCUGUCCGAUUCAGAUUCCGAAUUGCGCUCUUCUUCUUCGGGCCACAUCCACAUCGAAGACGAAGAGCACGAUAUUGAAGAAGAUGACGAAGAAGCAUCACCACCUUACGGGUACGGAUAUUACCAUGAUCAUGAACCACAAGAUUGGGGGCACAAUCCACAAGGGGAAGGGUAUAAUAGUAAUCAUACAUAUGCUUUCUACAUGAAGAGAACCGCGCCUCCUGGAAGAUCCAUGAUCUACGAAGAGCCACAGACCCGUGUUGCAGAGUCGGGUCAAUGGCCCGACCCGCAAAAUAGUUAUGGUGGAUACGGGUUUGGUUACAAUGGUAGUGCUGGUGGUUAUUUUGGGUUUCCGAGCGGUUCUUCUCCGCCGCCUCCGGGGGCGGAGUAUUCUUACUACGGUCAACAGAGGACAGCUUCGCCGGCGGCGCCUCCGCCGCCUCCGGCACCCCCAUCUCCGCCGAGGGUUUCAGCAUGGGAUUUUUUGAAUGUGUUUGAUAGUUAUGACAAUGGUUACUCGGGUUAUCUAUCUUCUCAGGGGAGGUAUGGGUUUGGUUCGAUUUCUAGUAGCCCGGAUUCGAAUGAGGUGAGGGAAAGAGAAGGGAUUCCAGAAUUGGAAGAUGAGACUGAGCAAGAAGUGCUGAAGGAGGUUCUCCAUAACCACAGGGAGAAGGAGAAGAAGAAGAUAUUGAAUGAGGAAAAAGCACCACCAAUGCAAAACCACCAACAACAAAAACAACAUUUUAGGGAGAGGGAUUUUGGAGAAGGUACCUCAAAUUCAAAGGCAGUGCCAGUAUCAAUGCCCCAACAACGAAAACAACAAAGGAAAAAUGGUGAGGGGAGUUCCAAUAAGACCGUGAGGUUCCAUGGAAGCAGUGAUGAUAGUGGUGGUGGUUCUGGUUCCCUUCAUGAGAAGGAGAUUAAGACUAGCAGCAGCCCUGACACCAUUGUUUCUAGGAGCUCCCCUGAGGAGGAGGAGGAGGAUGGGGAGCGGUUAGGAAGGAAGAAAGGGGUGACUUUUGAGGUAGAAGCAACCGUCUCGGCAGUUGAUGGGGGUGAUUCUUCUUCAAAAAUGAGUAGCUUGACCACUUUGUCUCCUCAUGGAACCAGGGAUUUAAAAGAGGUUGUUCAGGAAAUCAGGGAUGAGUUUGAGACUGCCUCUAAUGUUGGGAAGGAGGUUGCACUUCUUCUUGAGGCUUGCAAGCCACCCUAUCGGUCCAGGGUUGCUCCAUUCAAAGUUAUGUUUUCCAGAAUCGUACAUUCAUUGGCACCUUCUAGGUUACCGUCACAUCCUCCAUCUAGGCCUCCAGUGCAGUUAUCUUCUAGGGCAAUGAAAAUGGCAAAAGCAUAUUGUGGUGAACCUGGGAGAGAGUUCAAUACAAAUCCUUUAAACCUUUCAUCUACUUUGGAGAAACUUUAUGCAUGGGAGAAGAAACUGUAUAAGGAAGUUAAGGAUGAAGAGAGGUUACGAUCUAUUUAUGAGAAACAAUGCAAGAGGCUGAAAACAUUGGAUAAUCGAGGAGCUGAAUCUACUAAAAUUGAUGCUACUGAGGCAUCAAUAAAAAAGUUGCUGACAAAAAUAAAUAUUUCCAUCAGAACUGUGGAAGCCAUAUCAUUGCGGAUACACAAAUUGAGGGAUGAUGAAUUGCAGCCUCAACUUGCAGCUUUGAUUACUGGAUUGACAAGAAUGUGGAAAUUCAUGCUCAAAUGCCAUGAGAAACAGUUCCAAGCUAUCAUGGAGAGUAAAACUCACUCUCUUAAAAUUAACACUGGUUUACAAAGAGACGAAAGUUUGAAGGCCAUCCUAGAACUUGAAAAGGAGCUUCUAAAUUGGUGCAGUCAGUUCAACAAUUGGGUCAGGAUGCAAAAAUCAUAUGUUGAAAAUCUGAACGAGUGGCUCAGAAGGUGCCUUCUCGAUGAACCUGAAGAAACCGCUGAUGGUGUUGUCCCCUUCUCUCCUAGUCGAAUUGGAGCUCCGCCAGUUUUUGUGAUCUGCAAUGAUUGGCAUCAAGCAAUGAGUAGAAUAUCAGAAAGGGGGGUGGCAGAUGCCAUGCAUGAAUUUGCCCAAAGACUACAUGAGCUAUGGGAGAAGCAAGACGAGGCGCAACGUCAGAGAAUCAAAGCAGAGUAUCUGAAGAAAGACUUUGAGAUGCAGCUUCGAACCUUGCGCAGGGAAAUGGGAGAUACAGAACAUGUGCAUGAUAAAGUUUCGCAGAAGACAGCACUGUCAAAGGGUCAUUCUGAAAGUGGUGUUUCACCACUAGAUGAUCUAAAAGUGGAUCUAGAUUCUAUGAAGAAGAGAUUGCAUGAAGAGAGAGCAAAACAUAAAGAAGCCAUCAAGCAGGCCCGCGAUGCAGCUUCUAAUAGUUUACAAGCAGGUUUAAUUCCCAUAUUUAAGACAUUAGAAAGUUUCACUUCAGAGGUGGUGAAGGCUCAUGAGCAAGUCAGGCUUCAAAACACUAAAGCCUCGUAAUAGAGAUGCUAGCUGUCUUGUUUCGAUUUUAUGGCUUGAGAUUGCAUUUACCCAAGUGUGGAUCGAAUGAGGGAGUUUAGAGAGCAUGGGAUCAUUAUGCAUCGGAGAUUUAGCACUAACCACCAUUUUUGCAGCUAGAAUUAAUGUUGUACCGUAGGGAAGUGCCUCUUGAAAUAUACCAUACAAGAGGUUCUAUCUUAGAAUAACUUUCAGCAACAAAGGUUUGGGGUGCUCAAUGUUCAGGAAGUAGUUAUCUUAAAUCAUGUCCUGUAACACACUUCAUCCUACAGUUAGGUAAAAUUUUGUACAGAAAAAUUCAUUUAUUGGUUAAUUGGUUGUAGGUGGUUGUAUAUUUUAUUCCAUAUGCCUAGGACUCUAGGAGUAGGAGGAGACAGGAUGUUAGCAAGAGUUUCAAGAAUGAUCAAGUGAAGCAAAAUGUGCUUUAAUUUGUUGUAUUCUCCUUUCUUUCUAGUUAGUGUUACUAGUGUUACCCAAGUUGUGUUAUAUGCAAUUGCUAGGCCAAAUUUUGAAUUGUGAAUCUGAAGUGCAUAUAUAUGAAGGACUACCAGGUCUAGAGAAAGUAAGUGAAGGAAGAAUGGAGAGUUUGAAGAUGAAUGGGAGUGUGUGAAGAGAGGUUGAAUUCUGCUUGGAAAGCAAGAGUCGUAACAUUGUUGGUGGGUUUUUAUUUAGCAAAAAUGCUAUUUAUACACCAAAAUCAGCCACUAAAAUUAGUCAUCAAUGUAUUUGUAUAGAAAUAUAUGUGUGGUUUAAUUUAUUUUCAAUGUGUAUCUGUAAUUUGUAUUUCGACAUAUAUUUUAUA